AUGUCAGAAUGGCCCUCAGCUUUGGAAAAUUUUGUAAGUCAUUGUUUCCAGCGUGCCAACAUUGAGAGCUUUCCACCCGGCAAAAAAAAAGAACUCCAAAAACAGUUGACGCAAAUCAUCAAUUUAGCAAUUCUUGAAAACAAACUUAAUUCUAAUAACUGGUCCAAACAAAAGCUACCAAUAUUUGGAGAAGCAAGAGAGUUAGAAUUGGAGCAGAAAAUGGGAAAUGUUUAUCCAAUUACUGUUUCUAGUCGAAGAAGUGACUUGAUGCAUCAAGAGGCAGUUCAACCAUCUGAGCCUUUAGUUCCCUCCGAAAGCCAACAAAAGAAAAAGUCUAGAGAAUUGCGAUUUAAGAUCACUAAAAAAAGUUCUGUAUCACCCGCAAAUAAAAUACAAGUUGCUUGUGACUUGAAUUGUAAACUUGUGGGAACUAACACCUCUAUCGAGAAAGAUUAUUAUAGACUUACAUCUCAUCCGGAUCCUUCCAUGGUAAGACCUUUGCCUAUUUUAAAGAAAUCGUUGCAGCAUCUUUACGCCAAAUAUCAAAGUCUAGAACGUUUCAAAGCUCUCAGCAAGGCAGAGUACAGCUAUUUUUUGAAUCAACUGAAAUCCCUAAGGCAAGACCUCACAGUGCAAGACAUUCAGAAUCAGUUCACUGUUAAAGUUUACGAAUUUAAUACUCAAUUGGCGAUUCAAAAUGAAGAUUUUGGUGAGCUUAAUCAAUGUUUGACUCAGCUGGCGCAAUUGUACACUGUAUCAACUAUGGGUCAUACUUAUUACUAUUCUGAUACUGGCAAAUACAACCAAGAGCACAACUGUUUUCUUGCCAAGGAUCUUUGUGAGGAUCGAAACCAUAUCAAUAUGUUCAAAUUUACGAGUUAUAGAAUUUUAUAUUUUCUUCUCAUAGACGCCCCCUGGGAAUUGCUAAAAAUAAGGCAGGAUUUAUUCAACCGUGGUCAACAGUAUGCAAUUCGUCACAACAAAUUUCUUUUGAAGUCAUUCAAGCUUUCGGAUCUCAUAACCGCCAUGGAUUAUAUUCAUAUCAAGGACGAAUAUUCAUUCCUCGUGAAUAUGGACUCAGAUGUCUGCAAUUUAAGGACAGUGUUUGAUGACGAACAUAUGACUUUGAACCAAGACGACUGGUUUUUCUAUAAGAUACUCUACCAUAAGAUUUUCUUACGAGAACAGCUGAAGGCCCUGAUAACUAUAAGCAAAUCUUAUCGACAGAUAUCCCUCUACUACUUGAAAAAUCUACUGAUGGAUUUAGUAUUCUUGGAAAAGAAUAAGUUAUCUCGUUUCAUUGAGAAUGGUGAGGUAUUUAACUGCACGAGCGCAAGAUCAUUACUGCUUCAAAUAGAGAAGAAGCAGCUAUCAAAGAUAGAUAUCAAGGGUCAGGUAUGA